GUCACUUGCCACGAGAUGGGGGGGCGGGGCGGUCUCGCGCUGCGGGCGUAUGCGUGCGGCUGGACGAUGAAGGAGGGUGAGGGACUGCGGCACCGCCGUCUCCAGCAGCCGCAGGUCGUCUCCGACGAGUCGCGGGAUGCAGAGACCAAGCGUGUCAGUGCAUAUAGUGGGAAAGUUUUCAGAAUAACCUUGACAACUCUAGUUGUGACGCUCGUGGUUCCGUUAUUGUUGGCAGCAUUGCUGCUGCAGUCUCCAAUAAAUCCCCAGCCUUUCAGUUAUAAGGAGCCUCCUCUGCUGAUUGGUCCUUUGGAAGCAAAUCUUAAAUUGAGAGAAGCUGAACGCUUGUAUGAGGGGCAGCUUAUUGGACCAGAAUCAAUUGCACUUCUUGGAGAUGUGAUAUUCACUGGAACAGCUGAUGGCCAGAUUCUGAAAAUAAGUGAUGGAAAAAUACACACCCUGGCAAGAAUUGGCAAACUGCCUUGUGGAACAUGGGAAGAUGAACCAACAUGUGGAAGACCUUUGGGCAUCCGACUUGGCCCAAAUGGCACUCUGUUUGUGGCAGAUGCUUACUAUGGGCUGUUUGAAGUUAAUCCAGUCACAGGUGAAGUGAAGAUGUUGGUCUCUGCCCAGAAAGUUAUACAGGGUAAAAGAAUGGCAUUUGUGAAUGACCUCAGCAUCACUCAAGAUGGUAGAAAGAUCUACUUUACAGAUUCUAGCAGCAAAUGGCAGAGGAGAGACAACAAAUAUCUUGUGAUGGAGGGUACAGCUGACGGGCGAUUGAUGGAAUAUGAUACAGUAACUCAGCAAGUGGAGGUUUUAAUGGAUGACCUGAGGCUUGCAAAUGGAGUACAACUCUCCCCUGCUGAGGAUUAUGUUCUGGUUUCUGAGACCACCAUGGCCAGAAUUAGAAGGUAUCAUAUCUCUGGACUGAGAAAAGGGGGACAUGACAUAUUCUUUGACAAUCUUCCUGGUCUCCCUGAUAAUAUCAGACCAAGUAGUUCAGGAGGCUAUUGGGUAGGCAUAGCUGCGCUGCGACCUAAUCCUGGAUUUUCUGUACUGGAUUUCCUCGCUCCUAGGCCUUGGCUUAAGAAUUUAAUUUUGAAGCUGGUUAGUCAAGAGAUGACUAUGAAGUUUGUACCCAAGUAUGGCCUCGUACUGGAACUGAAUGAGGAUGGAUCUGUCAGGAGGAGCUUUCAUGAUCCCCACGGAGUGGUUGUGCCUUCAGUUUCUGAGGCCAGUGAGCACAAUGGGUACCUGUACCUGGGUUCCUACUACUUCCCUUCCCUCUGUCGGCUGAAUAUCAAUGAGGUUUAAUAUUCCCUUAACACAGAACAAAAUAUAUCUUUGUUGGUCAUUAUGCAGCUGCCAAUUUAGACCAUCUGCCAGCUGAUUUUAAACUAACAUAUUUGAGAGGGUCGUCCUGCUUUAAAAAUCAUAAAAUGUGUAAGUGUUCACGAUUUAUUUUGUCCUUUUGAAGAUUAGACUUCCUUUGCUAAUUGUUAAAGGCAGGUGAAGAGGAAAGGUUCUUGUAUUUCUCCGAGCUGAUGGGCUUUAAAAAAAAAUACUAAAAAUGGAAUUGUAUCUUUUAAAAAGUAGGUAUAGUCAAAUGAACUAAUUGAUGAAAUUACCUCAUGAACAUUGUGGACUUCGGGAUAUUCUGAAGACCAACUUUUCUUUUUCGAUAUUUUUAUUUAUUACUACAUAAAGAAUAUAGAGUACAAGUAAUAUAUAAGUCAAAAAAAAGAUAAAGUAAUACCAAUACAUAUUUGAAUCACACUUGCAACCUCAUUACUCUAUAUUCAUGUAAAUUAAAUUAAAUAUGAUAAUUUUAUUAUUAUAUAGACAAAAAAAUCUAAACCCACUACCAAGAUAGAAGCUGCUUGGUAAAGAAAGAGAGAAGGAAAAAAAAUCCUUAUCAUAGUGAAAUAAAAAGUUCAAAAAGGAAUACAACCCUUGUGUUAUGUAAAGGUUGGAAUCCAGGUAUCAUUUCGAUAUUCCAAGGUCAACAAUUCCUUCCCAGGAUGUGAUUUCCAGAAUUGUCCUUGUGUGAUCUAAUUAGGGUAUGGCAUAGCUAUGGAGUAAUUUCUACCCUCUUGCCAAGUGGUAGAUCAUAUCACACGUUUAAUGGGCUGAAUGGUCAUUUUUCCUUUCUCCAAACUUUUGCCCACUCAUUGCCUUCAUAAUUGUAGCAUUCAGCAGCAUUUCAGAUGGAUAAAUCUGUCUCCCUCAGAUCUCAGAUAGUUGGGCAGUUGAAUGUUCUAGCUUUGCAAGUGAUUCAGAACAAUUGCUCAUGUAGGCACCAUUAGGUCAACGGCAGACCAGCAGCCUAUUCAACAACUAUUUUAGAAAUUAUGCUGAAAAUAUUUUGAAACUUGUGUCCCUUAAAGUACAGCAGGUCAUAUGCACAGAAGGAUGAAUGGAAAGUGAAUUGCUAAUAUAAUUAAACUGUGUAAACUAUUGUGAAAAGGUUGCCGCGUGCACUGUAGAUCUGAAUUUAUUUUGCUUAAUUCCAUUCAUUUCAAAUUUUGUAAUUGUAUAAAUAGCAGGUUAAAACUCCAGAAGUAUUCACUAAUUGUAUUCCCAAAUGAUAUGAAUUGCAUUCUCAAGUAUGUCUUUCUAUGAUGGGACGUUGCAGAAUUGUACUUCUAUUCAAAUGUUCCAAGCUUGUAAAUUUGUAAGACUAUGGCAUGUACACGCCACAUUGCUCAUUAAAACAGUAGACUGAA